UUCAUUUGUUCUCAGAUCCUUAACAGAUCUAGUGGCCAACAACCUUUUUCUCUUUCAAGAAAUAAAGCGAGCUCCAAUAAAAAUACAUGUGUAGUGGAUCCUGCAAUCGUUCCGGUAGCUGAAAAGAUGGCCUGCUGCAGCAACAAGCUUCUGCCUCUGCUCUUUCUCCAAGUCGCAUUCUGGAGCUGCUUUCUUGGGUCGACCCAUGGAAAUGGCCUUAGGGUUGGGUUCUACUUCCAGUCCUGCCCUCAAGCAGAGGACAUAGUCAGAAGAACAGUCGAGAGCUACUUCUCUCAGGAUCCCACCGUGUCUGCUCCGCUCCUCAGGCUUCACUUCCACGACUGUUUCGUCAGGGGAUGCGAUGGAUCGGUGCUGCUCAACUCCACAAGGAGCAACUUGGCCGAGAAGGAUGCGAAGCCCAACCUGACGCUGGAUGGAUUCUACGUGAUCGACGCCGCCAAGGCAGCUCUGGAGAAGGCUUGCCCUGCCACUGUCUCGUGUGCUGAUAUCUUGGCUCUUGCAGCGAGGGAUGCAGUGUCGUUGGCUACAGGACUGGGGAAGGGGAUAAAUCUGACGAGAGAAAGCCAGCUUUAUCAAGUGGAGACCGGGCGUAGAGAUGGGUCUGUGUCCAGAGCCAGAGAAGCAGCAGCCCAUCUGCCCUCCUCCGAUGAUAAUAUCGCCAUUCUGAAAGCAAAUUUCAGAUCCAAAGGCCUCAACUCCACGGACUUGGCGAUCUUAUCAGGGGGCCAUGCAAUAGGUAACUCACACUGCUUCUCCUUCGAGAAGAGGCUGCACCACCACUACGACGGCAGGGGCCUCUCCGACGCGACCUUGGACGCUAACUACAAAGUGGAGUUGCUGAGGCGGUGCCGGGCGGGGAACGACACGGUGCUGGAGAUGGUUCCCGGCAGCUCGAUGACGUUUGACUCCGAGUAUUAUGGAUUGGUCUCCAAACAGAAGGGGUUGUUCCACUCCGACGAGGCUCUUCUGGAGGACGAGGUGACGAGAGGCUACGUUUACUCCAGGAAACGAUUGCCGGAGUCGAUCUUCUUUGCCGAUUUCGGGGUGUCGAUGGUGAAGAUGGGGCGGGCUGGAGUGCUAACCGGGAGCUCAGGAGAGAUCAGGAAGAACUGUGCUUUGGUCAACCACUGAUUAUGAUCUUUUAAGAUUGUGAUUGUGUUCGUUCUGUUUUUUUGCCUCAUUAUUAAUGAAGAUGUUAUCGUAUCAGAUCGUGUUGAACAAAGUAAAGUUCUCUUGUGUGUGACCCAAUGGGCCAUGAUUUGAUGAACUAUGAGUGGAUCAUUCUUAUGAU